AUGAAUCGAAUAAAGGUUGUGGUGGUCGGUCCGUCCGAUUGUGGAAAAACUUAUUUGUGCAACUUUCUCUCGGAAGCCAUUGAGCAAGUAACCGGAGAGUAUCGACCAACUGUUGGCGUGCGUAUCAUUGAAUAUGAAGUAAAUGUGAACGUCAAAACGAAACCAGUGAAAGUAGAGGUGGAACUUUGGGACCUGAGUGGGGACGUAAAGUAUGAGAACUGCUGGCCAGCUGUCUUCAAAGGAUCACAUGGAGUGAUGUUCGUGUACUCUCCAGAUCACUCCGAACAUUCCAGAGAACUGGAAGAUUGGCACACAAGGACACAUCGAAAUUUUCCCCUAAAGGACACAUGCUGUUGUGUCAUUAGCAACAAUAGAUGCGCGAAAGUUGAGCGUGAUAUCGUGGUACUACCGCUUGCAUUUUCAAAGUUCAAACAUAUAAAGAACAACAUUGCUGACGACGGUGAGAAGCUACGAGAACAGUUUGGAAAAUUCAUUACACAGAUACUAUCUUCGCGUCAGGAGGCAACAGAACAAGAGGAAUUAAAUAUAAUGAAUGCUUGA